AUAAUGGAAGGAAACAAGAGCCAGAUAACUGAAUUUGUUCUCAAAGGAAUAACAGAUUACUCAGAGCUGCAAGUCCCCCUGUUCCUGGUGUUCUUCAUGAUUUAUUUCAUCACCAUGGUGGGCAACCUUGGAUUAAUUUUGCUCAUCUGGAAGGACCCUCAUCUUCACACUCCCAUGUACAUUUUCCUUGGAAGUUUAGCCUUUGCAGAUGCCUGUACUUCAUCCUCUGUGACUCCCAGAAUGCUUGUUAACAUCUUAGACAGCAGUAAAAUGAUUUCUCUCUUUGAGUGCAUGGCCCAAUAUUAUUUUUUUGGAUCAAGUGCAACCACAGAAUGUUUCCUACUUGUAGUAAUGGCCUAUGACCGUUAUGUAGCUAUAUGUAACCCUUUGCUCUAUCUAGUGGUGAUGUCCAACAGAUUGUGCACUUGCUUGAUAACUAUAUCAUAUAUAAUUGGUUUUCUACAUUCAUUUGUUCAUGUAGGAUUAUUAUUUAGAUUAAGUUUUUGUAGGUCAAAUAUAAUUGAUCAUUUCUACUGUGAAAUCUUGCCACUAUAUACUAUUUCUUGCACUGACCCAUCUAUUAAUGCAUUAGUGGUUUUCAUUUUUUCUGCUUUCAUACAAGCUAUCACUUUCAUGAGUAUUGUAGUCUCUUAUGCACGUGUCUUAUUUGCCAUCCUGAAACCAAAGUCUGCAAAGGGUGGAAGCAAAGCCUUCUCUACCUGCAGUGCCCAUCUGCUCUCUGUCUCUUUGUUCUAUGGAACUCUCUUUUUCAUGUAUGUGAGCCCUGGGUCUGGACCAAGUAAAUAUCAGGAUAAAAUAUAUUCUCUUUUCUAUACAAUUAUAAUUCCUCUGCUAAAUCCCUUUAUUUAUAGCCUAAGAAACAAAGAAGUCAUAGGUGUAUUGAAAAAACUCAUAAUAUCAUAA